AUGGUUUCUAUGAUACAUUACCAUUUCAAUGAAGUUUCAUUUCAUACACAUCCUGCUCAAGAGCUCUUUGAAUUUCCAGAGGUACUAACAAAAUUCUACCAACAUGUCCUUUCCUUGGCCUUUGCUGUGAAGGAGAUCAAUGAGAAUCCACAAAUCCUGCCUAAUGUCACUCUUGGUUUCCAUAUCCAUGAUAACUAUUAUCAUCCAAUGAUGACCUAUCGGACAAUCCUAGACCUCCUCUUCAAAUCCCAGCAAUUCGUCCCCAACUACAAAUGUGACACCGUGAAAAACCUCAUGGCCAUUAUUGGAGGACUCAGCUCUGAAACUUCAUCCUACAUGGCAGACAUUGUUGGUUUAUACAAGAUACCACAGCUCGCUUAUGGAUCAUUUACCCCUCUGGAUAGUGAUAAUGGAGAGAUGUGUUCCUUCUACUCCAUUGUCCCCAAUGAAUCUUCUCAGUACAUUGGGAUUAUCCAACUGCUUCAACAUUUUGGGUGGACCUGGAUUGGGAUCUUGACUACUGAUAAUUGGAAUGGAGAACAUUUCCUGCAGAUCAUGGAGUCCCUCUUUUCCCAACAUGGCAUCUGCUCUGCUUCCAUUCAAAGAAUCCCAUAUUUAACCCACUGGGAUAAAUUUCAGGACAUGAUUGAGAAAGCAGCAAACAUUUACAACAGCAUAGCUGAUGAGAAGAUCAAGACCUUUAUUAUCUCGGGAGACUCUUUGACCAUUGCAUGGGUGACUACCAUCAUCUUUACAAUGUUCCCUGGACUUGACCACAGUUCCUUGGGAAAGGUGUGGAUCAUGACUGCCCAGAUUGAUUAUUUACUAACAAGUAUACAAAAAAAAUGGGAUCGACGAUUCUUUGAUGGUGCCAUUUUUUUCACAAUUCACUCAAAGCAAAUUUCAGGGUACAACGAAUUCCUGAAGUCGAUAAAACCUCCUUGGAUUCAAGAAGAUGGUAUUUUCCCACUUUUCUGGGAACAAGUGUUUGAUUGUUCUUUGCCAUCUUCUCGUUCAACUCUGGUGGACAAUGACAUUUGUACCGGAGAGGAAAAGCUGGAGGACAUUCCUGGGUCUCUUUUUGAGAUGCAGUUGACUGGACACAGCUAUAGUAUCUAUAAUGCUGUCUAUGUAUUGGCUCAAGCUUUACAUCCUCUCUUCUUACUUCAAUCUAAUCACAGGCAUUUGAGGAGGCCUAAAUUAUUACACUAUGAAGAUGCACAACCAUGGAAGCUCCACCAGUUUCUUAAAGGCAAGACAUUCAACAAUUCUCUUGGUGACAUCUUGACAUUUUAUGACCAAAAGAACAGAAAAGGUGGCUUUGAUAUCGUCAACAUAGUCACCUUUCCCAAUUCCACUUUCCAGAGAUAUAAGAUUGGAAAAGUGGAUCCUGACGCUCUCCCAGGACAAGAAUUAGUCAUUAAUGAGGACACGAUUGUUUGGCACAGAUCAUUUAACCAGGUGCUUCCCAUCUCUCUGUGCAAUGGAUAUUGUCAGCCUGGUUAUCAGAAAAGGAAGCAUGAAGGGAAAAAAUUCUGCUGUUAUGAUUGCAUUCAAUGCCCAGAGAGGAAAAUCUCAAAUAAGAUUGACAUGGUAGCUUGCUUUGAAUGUCCAGAAGAUCAAUAUGCAAACCAAGAAAGAAAUGGAUGCCUCUUGAAAAGGAUAAACUUUCUGUCUUAUGAAGAACCUUUAGGGUAUAGUUUAGCUUGUGUUUCUUCUGUGUUCUCCCUCAUUACAACAUGGGUGUUGGGAACUUUUAUUAAGCACAAAGACAGCCCUAUUGUGAAAGCCAACAACCGGGAUCUCACCUACACUCUCCUCAUCUCCCUUCUGUUCUGUUUCCUCUGCUCUUUGCUCUUUAUUGGACAACCUGGGAGAGUCACCUGUAUCCUAAGACAGUCUGCAUUUGGUUUCAUUUUCUCAUUGUCCAUCUCUUGUGUGUUGGCCAAAACCAUCCUUGUUUCUCUUGCCUUCAAGGCUACCAAACCAGGAUCUCGGAUGAGGACAUGGAUGGGGAAAAGGCUGGCUGUUUCUAUUGUCCUUUUCUGCUCAAUAUUCCAAGCAGGCAUCUGUAUUGUGUGGCUGUCAACCUCUCCUCCAUUCCCAGAAUUAGACGUGCAUUCAGUCACUGAGGAAAUGGUUCUACAAUGCAAUGAAGGAUCCGUCUUUAUGUUUUAUUGUGUCCUGAGCUAUAUGGCCCUCCUUUCAUUUGCCAGUUUCUUUGUGGCUUUCCAGGCUCGUAAACUGCCUGACAGCUUUAAUGAAGCCAAGUUCAUCACCUUCAGCAUGUUGGCUUUCUGUAGUGUGUGGGUCUCCUUUGUCCCAACCUAUCUGAGCACCAGGGGAAAAGCCAUGGUGGCUGUGGAGAUCUUCUCUAUUUUGUGCUCUACUGCUUCCCUCCUAGGAUGCAUCUUUUCCCCCAAGUGUUACAUUAUUGUGUUGAGGCCUGAUUUAAACAACAAGGAACAGUUGAUAAGAAGACAUGCUUAA